AUGGAAAGAGUGAAACCGCCUGACGCUGUGAACUGGACUGGAAAUGUCGAUUUUGCGGGACCCCAAUCGAUAGAAGUGUUCAACACGCUCGUGUUUGAUAGAGAAGAGGAUAAAAGCAACUACGACGUGGUGAUUGGAAAAUUUGACGUCCACUGUUCGCCGAAAAAGAACGAGACCUUUGAAAGUGAACAAGCUCAGCAGCAUGCUAAAACCUUCAGUGACAACACAAAAACAAGUGGAGGUGAAAGUUCAUCUGUAGCAGCAGUGACAGGAAAAAUGCAAAAAUACAUCUCAAGAAAAAUGACACAAAGAAGGCAGAACGAAAUGUUUAAUUGCAAGAGAUGUGGCAAAAGACACCAGCCAAAACAGUGCCCAGCCUAUGGCAAAGCCUGUGCCAAAUGUGGAGGACAGAAUCACUUUGCAAAACAAUGCUUUUCCAAAGGAAAACAACAUGGAAGUGGACAUGUCCAUACAGUGGAAGAAACAGCCCUCAGUGACACAUUCUUUGUUGGCAUGGUGGAACAAAUAGACUCAUUUCAAAGGAGUUCAGAGAAUACGGAAGUGAAUAGAGUUGUAAAAGAAAAGUGGAUAGAAGCUCUGGAAAUAAACGGAUUAAAAGUGUCAAUAAAGCUGGACACAGGAGCUAAAGCCAACUUGAUUUCUGAGCAAGACAUACGAGAAAUGAGAAUAAAGCCACACAUUAAUCAGAAAACUGUACAACUAAAAGCGUACAAUGGACAUUUAAUUGAAACAAAAGGAACAUGCAAACUCAAGGUAAAGGUGAAAAACAGAGAAUAUCAUCUCAUGUUUGUAGUGGUUCCAGACGGACACGAUUCUGUGUUAGGAGACACAGCAUGCGAAGACCUAGGCUUAGUAAAAAGAGUGUACAACAUAGAAGGAGCAAACACACAGGACAGAGUAAAUAACCUAGUGAAACAGUUUCCUGACAUCUUUGAAGGGUUUGGUGUGCUACCAUUAACGUAUAAGAUACAGUUGAAAGAAGAUGCAAAGCCAGUUGUUCAUGCACCGAGACGGGUUCCUGCUCCACUACGAGAAAAGCUAAAAACAGAGCUAGAAAGGAUGACAUUAAUGGGAGUCAUAGAAAAAGUGGAAAAACCAACAGAAUGGGUGAAUUCCAUGGUCUGUGUGAAAAAAACAAAUGGUGAUCUACGUGUGUGUAUGGACCCAAAAGACUUAAAUGCAAACAUACAGAGGGAACAUUAUCAGAUUCCAACACGGGAAGAAAUUAUAAGUGAAAUGGGAGGUGCAAAAUUCUUCACAAAACUGGAUGCAUCCCAGGGCUUUUGGCAACUGAAACUGCACGAAGACAGCACACAUUAUUGCACAUUUAACACUCCUUUCGGUCGGUAUUCUUUUUUGAGGAUGCCUUUUGGAAUCUCUUCGGCUCCGGAAGUAUUUCAUAAAGCAAUGGAGCACAUGAUUGAGGGAAUACAAGGAGUGCGCGUCUAUGUGGACGACAUAAUAUUGUGGGGAUCCACAAUUGAGCAGCAUAAUGAGAGGCUGAUGGAAGUACUACAGCGAGUACAGAACUACGGGCUGAAACUGAAUAAAGAAAAGUGUCAGUUUGGAGUAAAGGAAAUCACAUUUCUGGGAGACAAGUUGUCAGAGAGAGGUGUUAAACCAGAUCAGAGUAAGAUACAAGCGAUUCUUAACAUGCCCAGACCCACCGACAAGAAGGCUGUACAACGAGUGAUGGGGAUGAUCAACUUCAUUGGAAAGUUCAUACCGAAUCUCUCUUCAAAGACAGUGUACAUGAGAGAAAUGUUGCAAAACAAAACUGAAUUCAAGUGGACAGACAAUCAUGAGAGUGAAUGGGAUCGCUUAAAGACUCUUCUAACUACAGAACCAGUACUGACUUUCUUUGAUCCAACAAAAAGGAUAAAGAUUUCAACAGAUGCAUCUAAGGAUGGAUUAGGAGCGGUGCUUCUGCAAGCAGAGGGAGAAAACUGGAGGCCAGUUGUAUAUGCCUCAAGAACGAUGACUUCAGCGGAGUGUCGAUACGCUCAAAUAGAAAAAGAAUGCCUUGGAUUGGUGUAUGGAGUGGAAAAGUUUCACAGCUACGUGUACGGACUUCCAACUUUUGUGGCAGAGACGGACCACAAACCAUUAAUAGCCAUCAUCAAGAAAAACUUGAAUGAGAUGUCCCCAAGAAUACAACGGCUGAUGAUGAAGCUUCAAAGGUACGAUUUUGAUUUAAUCUACACACCAGGAAAGUACAUAGUGCUGGCAGAUGCCCUGUCCAGAGCAACUACGCAAAGAGAAAAAUCUCAUGAGAGAUCCACAGAGGCUGAUGUGACUCUUCAUGUAAGCAUGGUCGCAGAUGCUCUUCCAGUAUCCGAUGCGAAGUCCAAGCAAAUUGCAGCUGAGACAGAAAAAGACAAGGAUCUACAAAUGGUCAUUAAACAUCUGAAUGAGGGAUGGCCAAGAGGAACGUGUUCUCAGUACUACAACAUAAGAACAGAACUGAGUGUUGUCAAAGGACUGUUACUGAGACAAAACAGAAUAGUUAUACCUCAAUCACUGAGACCGGAUAUGAUGAGAAGACUUCAUGAGGGGCACCUAGGAGCAGAAAAGUGCAAGAGGAGAGCCAGAAUAGCUGUCUAUUGGCCAAGGAUGAAUGGUGACAUUGACAGAAUGGUGUCAAGCUGUGAGAUCUGCUUAAAGCAUCAAGCAAAGCAGCAAAAGGAGCCAAUGAUCAUAAUACAACCACCUUCAGAGCCAUGGCAGUAA